UAAUCUUAUUCCAUGCAUUCGUGCGGCUGUCCGCGGCAUUACAUAUACUAAACGAAGCCAGUGUGACACUCGCAAUGCAGAAACUAGCGUUGUCUCGGGCAACAGUGAGACUUUCGUUUGUGGUCGGCUGCAAUGUAACUUGUAUUACCAACAAUUUUGCGUCUGCGUCUGUCAUUUUCCGGUGAUAAGUUGGAACAGGGUCGACCUGUGUGCUGUAUCAUCUGAACAACAAGCGAAGGAUGUCCCGCAGUCGAGACCUAAACUCUAACCCAGAUCAGUUUAGGAUUCUCAACACCAAUGAGCUCCGGGAUCUUUUACAAGAUGAAGCAACAAUGGACCAGAUCAUCAGACUCAGUCAAAAGUUUCAGGGCCUGCAGGUGGACCGGGAGGCCCUGCUGACGGCCAAUCGCGGCCUGGCGGAGGAGAACCUCUCUCGACGGCCGCGUCUGCAGAACCGCAAGCUGCUGCUGGCGGAGAAGUACCGGGAACUGGAGGAGCUGAUCGCCGCCUGCCGCGAAAAGCAAAGCCGACUCGAUGCAUGCAUAGAAAGGCAUGGCCCUCCGAUGGCCCAGCGUCUUCUCCAGGAAGAGGUGGUCCGUGCUGAGGAGAAAUCUGAGGACCUCCUGGAGACGUUCAUGGCGGGCGGCAUGUCGCUGGAGGGGUUCCUGGAGUCCUUUCACAGCUCCCGGAGAACGUACCACAUCCGCCGCGCCCAGGCAGAGAAGCUCCAGGAGUUGUGCAGGCCGCGGAGGAAACUACGGAACCUCAACGAGGCCAAGAAGGAGUCGGGCGGGCGGCACGAGCCUCCCGCCAACGGCCUCUCCUCUCAGGGUCCGCUGCGUGUCUUUCAGCUCCGCUACGGCCUCACCCCGGCCAUCAUCCUCCCCCGCCUCCCCCUCGCCUCCAGUCCAGGCCCCUGCCUACCUCCUCUGGAUAAGCGACUAGGCCAGCCCCAGGCUUUCGGGCCUAGCGCUCCACUGCCGGGCCCCGGCCAGCCGGUAGGCCUCAGAGUGAUCGGCCAGCUCCCAGGAUGGUCGGCCAGGCCCGUGCGUUUACAGCAGCUUUGCAGGCAACCAAACCACCACCAUCAGCAGCAGCAGCCAGACCCCCCGUUGCGAUAACGCGACUGCUUUCCGUCCACACCAACUGCCGGGUGACAUUACAGACUUCCGCAGAAAAUCGUUGACUGACAUCUUUCUCAGUAUGGUAUGGGAAGUCACGGCCAGCCGAGGCGACGGCAUAUCGAACACUGCCACCACUAAGGGUUGUUAUUGAUUAGGUCUAAGUUAUUGAUAUGAUUGAUCAGUCGAUUGGAAUCAAUAAAAUGGCUCGGAGUUGCUUUUGCUGAUGUUCAUUGUAAUGGAAGGAAAUUUGGAUGUGGUUCAUUAUUGUGCUUAACGGUAUCAGUAGUGUUCAGCACAACUGUCUUGAAUGACAGCUUGUUGCUGGCAUUGGUCUUCUGAUUUGCCUGCUGCAAACUGCAGUCUACCAAAAAGAGUAAGCAUUAUUUAUGUGUAUGUGAUGAACAAGGGUAAACACAAAACAUCAGAUGAAUUUUGUUUUGGUGACAAUCAAGUCCUACCGAUGGUGUUUAUUAUGAAUUCUUGAGUAUUUGUUGAACCAAAAGCGCAUGCCUUUUUGACAUGGAAGUUUUAAGUUAACGCCUUUAUUUAAUAUCUAUAUCAUUAGAAAACUGCUCCCAAUAAAAGAAAGAAAGGUUUUGUGAA